AUGAGGUCCCAUCAAGGCACCACGAUGCUGCUGCCCAUCGCCCUCUGCCUCGGUUUGGUCCCUGUGUGUUUCGGGGCGGCAAUUCCAAAUUCAUGUGCUUCCAUCUACAAGAGUUUUGCCCAGUGUUUACUCACACUCGGGGACAGUUUGGUGGACACACAAAAAGACCAGAGUACACAGGACAUCGAUGCAAUCUGCAGGUCCUGGAAUGCGUUCCACGAUUGUGCAAACUCAGCCCUGGCCGGCUGUCCCGGAGAGGCAGCAGCUGUCUGGGAGUCUCUAAGACAAGAGUCCAGGAAGACAGAGUUCUCUGGCAACCUCUACGACAUGUGCGCCAGUCGCACGACCCUCCCACCCAGCACUGUGCCUACAGCCCAGAGCCCCCCCACCUCCGACCAGGCUAACAAGGAGACACUGAAAGGCCGAACACACAAACACAGCCCCACCCUCAGCACGCUGCUGUUCCCUGUAUGCAGCACGCUACUAGUUCUGCUCAGGAGUUAG